CAAGCCCAUCUCCCACAAUGAUUUCAGGCCACACAACAGCGCCCUCUGAGGUUACAAGUGAGUCUAUUACUAGCACUGCUGGCACCUCAACACCAAGUGAGGCAUCAACAACAACUUCUGAAGCUAAAACAUCUCCUGAAGUAUCAACAGCGACCACAGAUGGUUUAACAACUGCAACUGUGGAAGCUACGUUUUCAACAUCGGGAGUGACUAUGACACCGGAAUCAACCAAAGACACAAUGGAAACAACUACAGCUAUGUCCUCAAGUGCAACAGAAACUUCAACAAUUCCCUCAGAAACUUCAACCAGUCCCUUGCCGGAAACAAGUCCCUCACAACCUUCUACGGUUACCAGUGAGACUGCCACUACAAAUGAACAAACUUCAGCAGUCACGGACGGGCAAAUAUCAGCCACCACCAUUGGACUCUCAUCUACCCAGGGAACUGAAAGUACAACUACACAGCCAACUGACACAACAACUGAAACGGGAAUGACCCCUGAUGAGCACACAACAAGAGUUGAAAUGACAACAAUGACAGAUGAAACAACAACCGUAGUCACACAAGAGCAAUCGGCUAGCCCAGUGACUUUGACAAGCCCAUCUCCCACAAUGAUUUCAGGCCACACAACAGCGCCCUCUGAGGUUACAAGUGAGUCUAUUACUAGCACUGCUGGCACCUCAACACCAAGUGAGGCAUCAACAACAACUUCUGAAGCUAAAACAUCUCCUGAAGUAUCAACAGCGACCACAGAUGGUUUAACAACUGCAACUGUGGAAGCUACGUUUUCAACAUGGGGAGUGACUAUGACACCGGAAUCAACCAAAGACACAAUGGAAACAACUACAGCUAUGUCCUCAAGUGCAACAGAAACUUCAACCAUUCCCUCAGAAACUUCAACCAGUCCCUUGCCGGAAACAAGUCCCUCACAACCUUCUACGGUUACCAGUGAGACUGCCACUACAAAUGAACAAACUUCAGCAGUCACGGACGGGCAAAUAUCAGCCACCACCAUUGGACUCUCAUCUACCCAGGGAACUGAAAGUACAACUACACAGCCAACUGACACAACAACUGAAACGGGACUGACCCCUGAUGAGCACACAACAAGAGUUGAAAUGACAACAAUGACAGAUGAAACAACAACCGUAGUCACACAAGAGCAAUCGGCUAGCCCAGUGACUUUGACAAGCCCAUCUCCCACAAUGAUUUCAGGCCACACAACAGCGCCCUCUGAGGUUACAAGUGAGUCUAUUACUAGCACUGCUGGCACCUCAACACCAAGUGAGGCAUCAACAACAACUUCUGAAGCUAAAACAUCUCCUGAAGUAUCAACAGCGACCACAGAUGGUUUAACAACUGCAACUGUGGAAGCUACGUUUUCAACAUCGGGAGUGACUAUGACACCGGAAUCAACCAAAGACACAAUGGAAACAACUACAGCUAUGUCCUCAAGUGCAACAGAAACUUCAACCAUUCCCUCAGAAACUUCAACCAGUCCCUUGCCGGAAACAAGUCCCUCACAACCUUCUACGGUUACCAGUGAGACUGCCACUACAAAUGAACAAACUUCAGCAGUCACGGACGGGCAAAUAUCAGCCACCACCAUUGGACUCUCAUCUACCCAGGGAACUGAAAGUACAACUACACAGCCAACUGACACAACAACUGAAACGGGAAUGACCCCUGAUGAGCACACAACAAGAGUUGAAAUGACAACAAUGACAGAUGAAACAACAACCGUAGUCACACAAGAGCAAUCGGCUAGCCCAGUGACUUUGACAAGCCCAUCUCCCACAAUGAUUUCAGGCCACACAACAGCGCCCUCUGAGGUUACAAGUGAGUCUAUUACUAGCACUGCUGGCACCUCAACACCAAGUGAGGCAUCAACAACAACUUCUGAAGCUAAAACAUCUCCUGAAGUAUCAACAGCGACCACAGAUGGUUUAACAACUGCAACUGUGGAAGCUACGUUUUCAACAUCGGGAGUGACUAUGACACCGGAAUCAACCAAAGACACAAUGGAAACAACUACAGCUAUGUCCUCAAGUGCAACAGAAACUUCAACCAUUCCCUCAGAAACUUCAACCAGUCCCUUGCCGGAAACAAGUCCCUCACAACCUUCUACGGUUACCAGUGAGACUGCCACUACAAAUGAACAAACUUCAGCAGUCACGGACGGGCAAAUAUCAGCCACCACCAUUGGACUCUCAUCUACCCAGGGAACUGAAAGUACAACUACACAGCCAACUGACACAACAACUGAAACGGGAAUGACCCCUGAUGAGCACACAACAAGAGUUGAAAUGACAACAAUGACAGAUGAAACAACAACCGUAGUCACACAAGAGCAAUCGGCUAGCCCAGUGACUUUGACAAGCCCAUCUCCCACAAUGAUUUCAGGCCACACAACAGCGCCCUCUGAGGUUACAAGUGAGUCUAUUACUAUCACUGCUGGCACCUCAACACCAAGUGAGGCAUCAACAACAACUUCUGAAGCUAAAACAUCUCCUGAAGUAUCAACAGCGACCACAGAUGGUUUAACAACUGCAACUGUGGAAGCUACGUUUUCAACAUGGGGAGUGACUAUGACACCGGAAUCAACCAAAGACACAAUGGAAACAACUACAGCUAUGUCCUCAAGUGCAACAGAAACUUCAACCAUUCCCUCAGAAACUUCAACCAGUCCCUUGCCGGAAACAAGUCCCUCACAACCUUCUACGGUUACCAGUGAGACUGCCACUACAAAUGAACAAACUUCAGCAGUCACGGACGGGCAAAUAUCAGCCACCACCAUUGGACUCUCAUCUACCCAGGGAACUGAAAGUACAACUACACAGCCAACUGACACAACAACUGAAACGGGACUGACCCCUGAUGAGCACACAACAAGAGUUGAAAUGACAACAAUGACAGAUGAAACAACAACCGUAGUCACACAAGAGCAAUCGGCUAGCCCAGUGACUUUGACAAGCCCAUCUCCCACAAUGAUUUCAGGCCACACAACAGCGCCCUCUGAGGUUACAAGUGAGUCUAUUACUAGCACUGCUGGCACCUCAACACCAAGUGAGGCAUCAACAACAACUUCUGAAGCUAAAACAUCUCCUGAAGUAUCAACAGCGACCACAGAUGGUUUAACAACUGCAACUGUGGAAGCUACGUUUUCAACAUCGGGAGUGACUAUGACACCGGAAUCAACCAAAGACACAAUGGAAACAACUACAGCUAUGUCCUCAAGUGCAACAGAAACUUCAACCAUUCCCUCAGAAACUUCAACCAGUCCCUUGCCGGAAACAAGUCCCUCACAACCUUCUACGGUUACCAGUGAGACUGCCACUACAAAUGAACAAACUUCAGCAGUCACAGACGGGCAAAUAUCAGCCACCACCAUUGGACUCUCAUCUACCCAGGGAACUGAAAGUACAACUACACAGCCAACUGACACAACAACUGAAACGGGAAUGACCCCUGAUGAGCACACAACAAGAGUUGAAAUGACAACAAUGACAGAUGAAACAACAACCGUAGUCACACAAGAGCAAUCGGCUAGCCCAGUGACUUUGACAAGCCCAUCUCCCACAAUGAUUUCAGGCCACACAACAGCGCCCUCUGAGGUUACAAGUGAGUCUAUUACUAGCACUGCUGGCACCUCAACACCAAGUGAGGCAUCAACAACAACUUCUGAAGCUAAAACAUCUCCUGAAGUAUCAACAGCGACCACAGAUGGUUUAACAACUGCAACUGUGGAAGCUACGUUUUCAACAUCGGGAGUGACUAUGACACCGGAAUCAACCAAAGACACAAUGGAAACAACUACAGCUAUGUCCUCAAGUGCAACAGAAACUUCAACCAUUCCCUCAGAAACUUCAACCAGUCCCUUGCCGGAAACAAGUCCCUCACAACCUUCUACGGUUACCAGUGAGACUGCCACUACAAAUGAACAAACUUCAGCAGUCACGGACGGGCAAAUAUCAGCCACCACCAUUGGACUCUCAUCUACCCAGGGAACUGAAAGUACAACUACACAGCCAACUGACACAACAACUGAAACAGGGAAUGACCCCUGA